UUUAUAUCGCACUAAAAGUAGUAAACAUUUUUGCAUUUUUUGGAAUUUUUACGACGAAAAAAGUGAAACAUUAAAAUGACGAUGCGACCAGAUGAUCACCGCAGAAAAUGGGACAAGAACGAGUAUCAGAAAUUGGCACAGGAGCGUUUGCUCAACCAAUCAGCACCCAAAGAAGAAGAACCUGUGCAGCGGGAGAAUCUGAAGAGACGCGACUACAAGGUUGAUCUUGAUAGUAAAUUGGGCAAAAGUGUUGUGAUAAACAAAAACACACCUACCUCACAAUCUGGCGGUUACUAUUGCAAUGUGUGCGAUUGUGUCGUCAAGGAUUCCAUCAAUUUUCUGGAUCACAUAAAUGGCAAGAAACAUCAGCGUAAUCUUGGCAUGUCCAUGAAGGUGGAGCGCAGCACCGUUGACCAGGUGAAGGAGCGCUUUACACAGAACAAAAAGAAAAUGGAGGAAAAGCAAAAAGAUUACGAGUUGGAUAAGAGAUUGCGCGAGGCCAAAGAAGAGGAAGAUCGCUACAAAGAGCACAGAAAGGAGAAGAGAAAAGAGCGCAAACGCAAGGCCGAAGAGAAUGGUGACUUUGGCAAUGGAUUGCCGGAUGACAUGGCUGCCAUUAUGGGUUUCUCUGGAUUUGGCGGCUCCAAGAAGAACUCAUAGGCCUUAAUUGUUAGCUAUAAUAUUGAGAAUAUAGUAGAAAUAGAAAUAGAACUUUUUCCACCAAC